ACAUGUAAUAUUUAUAUCAAAGAUUGUGCAGUACGGCAAGGAGAAAUAUUAUUAUGGCGGACGCAAACGCCACUCGUCCGGAGUCCGCCCAGACUGCCCCACCACGAGCACCCCGAGCAGAUAACGCCAGGGGAGGAAGAGGCGGCAGAAGAGGACGAGGAGGAAUGGCAAACAAUGAAGGAGAAGGAACAGCAGACAAUAACCAAAAUGAAGGUAAAGCGCCCCGGCGGGGGAGAGGAGGCAACAGCACAGUAACGCCCGCCGAUCUAGCUACACGAUUUGCGCAGAAAGCAACGGUAGCAGAGGUGCCAGCUGCGGCGUCUCCAAGGACAUUGGAGGCGAAAGAUGAAGAGGAGGAUGUCGAUGCGGAGGUGUGCUUUAUUUGCGCGUCGCCCGUUGUCCACAAUGCCGUUGCGCCUUGCAAUCACAGAACAUGUCAUAUCUGUGCACUGCGGAUGCGAGCCCUCUAUAAAACGAAAGACUGCGCUCAUUGUAGAACUGAGGCACAAUAUGUCAUCUUCACCGAUGAUGCAACGAAACGAUUCGAGGACUAUGCUGAGCGAGAUUUCGCAAGCACGGAUCACAAUAUCGGCAUCAAAUACCAGACCCAAGAGAUAAUGGGCGACUCACUUAUCCUUCUGCACUACAACUGUCCAGAGCCAGCGUGCGAUAUUGCCUGUCGCGCAUGGCCAGAAUUGCACCGCCACGUAAGGGGUACUCACCACAAGAAGAUGUGUGAUCUCUGCACAAGGCAUAAGAAAGUCUUUACGCACGAGCACGAUUUAUUUACGGACAAAGAGUUACAGAUGCAUAUGUCCAAGGGGGAUGACAACCCAGGCGCCAAGGACCAAAGUGGCUUCAAGGGCCACCCGCUGUGUAGCUUCUGUGGGCAGAGGUUUUAUGGGGAUGACGAGCUCUAUGUGCAUUGUCGGCAAAAGCAUGAGAGAUGCUUCUUGUGCGACAGGGCAGACAGCCGGAAUCCCCACUACUACGUCAACUACGAGUCUCUAGAGGGCCAUUUUAAGAAGGACCAUUAUAUGUGUAUGGAGCGAGAGUGCCAGGAGAAGAAGUUUAUCGUAUUUUCGUCCGAGAUGGAUCUCAAGGCACAUCAACUGGAGGAGCAUGCCAAUACUUUGUCAAAAGAUGUAAGGCGAGAUGCUAGAGUUGUCGACCUGUCGUCGUUCGACUACAGGGCACCAUACUACCAGGAAAGACGUGGAGGAGAGAGCCAGAGGGAAUCACGGAAUCGUGGGCGAGGGAGGGACCCAAAUGCGGAACCAAUCCCAGCAUCAACUGCACAACCACUGCGUAGAGACGAACAAGCUUUCCAACGGCAAAUGGCAAUCCAGAGUGCACAGUCAGUAACAACACGCACGUUUGGCGGACAACUGACUGCGCCAACUCCGGCUCAAUCAGCAGCAGCAACGUCAGGACGUAACACUGGUGCCACCAACUCAUCACGUUCAUCUACAACAUCGCGAACGGCCCCAGCAGCACAACCCCAAGCCCCUGCCGUCGCCGAGGCCGAUCUCUCACCACAAGAGCAAGCCCGCCGCCAACACCACAUGUCCGUCAUCUCCAAAGCAACCCAGCUGCUCAACAACGACAACCUCAAAAUCACCCAAUUCCGCAACGCCCUCUCCUCCUACCGCUCCAACGCUAUCUCCGCCUCCGCCCUCAUCGACAUCUUCUUCGCCCUCUUCUCCGACACCUCCAGCUCCGCGCUCGGCACCCUCAUCCGCGACGUCGCAGACCUCUACGAAGACGUCAAGAAGGCAGAGGGCAUCCGCACCGCCUGGAACGACUGGCGCGCAAUCAACGAGGACUACCCCUCCCUCCCCGGCCCCAGCGGCAUGACCGACAGCGCCAGCGUAGGCUGGGCAGGCGUCACCGCAUCAAUGCCACCGAACGUCACCAUCGCCCCUGCCAAGUCCUCUCGUGUUCUGAAACUCAAAUCUUUGACUCAGCAGUCCUCGCGCUCGAGUCAGAGCAGGAACGGGACGUGGACUAAUACCGCUACGCCGAGUAGCUCGAGGAGCGAAUCUGCGUUCCCGACUCUCCCGCCGCCGCCGUCGUCGUCCGUGCAGCCGACGCCGAGGGUGACGACGGUGCCGUGGAAGCCGUCAUCUGGCAACGCGAGUUCUUCACAAAGCACUCCCCGCGCUACACCCCCGUCCUCGCGUCCGGCAUCUCGCGUAGCCGGUGGUCGUGGCGGAGCUACUGGUGGCAACUUCCCAUCGUUACCUCCAGCGCCAAAACCCGUAAGCACGAUCUUCGGAUACGGCCGCGGAAUGGUCCGGCGUGAUACUGGGCAGGGAAGCGGCGCCGGGGCGAGUGCAUGGGGAGCGUCGCAGGCGGAGGAGGUGCGGCAGCAGCAGGAAGAGCAGGGGGGGAAGAAGAAGGGGAAUAAAGGGAGGAAACAGGUUCUUGUGGCGUGGGGAUAGAUGGGUAGUUUCAGUGUGUGCGAGUUUAUUGUUUAGCGUGGGAAAAGUGAUGAUUGGAUGAUACACGCAUAGCGAAGGGGUUUUGCGUUAUUAUAGAUUUCUGAUGUUAAGAUUUUACUCGUGCUGUUCUGAAGAUAUCAGAGACUCAGUGUUCAAGUUAGAAUUCGGAGAGUCCAAAUGGGCUCCAAUAUAUAUUUGUUGAGCCUUAAGCCUCCUCUCCUAGACAUGCAAUCAGAAUACUGGUUAAUAUACAGCUAGCUAGCUAGUCACUAUUUUUCCUUCUGAUGCAAAUUCUGACUCCAGGUAUUACCCAUCACCUCCCCAUCAUUGCGCCCUAAACGCCUUCAAGCACACAGUUCAAUCCCAUCAACGCCACUAUCCCCACA